GUUGUCGCCAUAUUUCUCCGCGAUCCUCACAUUCGAUCUGUCACAAAUGUUUUUAUUUGCAAUCUUUCAAUUGCAGACCUACUUGUAACGAUAUUCGUGGAACCGCUCACCCUACUUCAAAAUAUAUUUGUUGGUGAGUCAGUCGAAUCUUGCUGGCACUGGGGAGCAACAACGUGCUGGUGCGUGCCGUACCUCCAAGGGAUCAGCGUCUGCGCCUCCUCCCUCUCCCUCCUUGUCAUCGCCUUUGACCGAUACCUGGCGGUGUGUUUCCCAAUGAAGCGACUCAUUCGCCGUGGUCUAGCGAAGAAGAUAAUUGCUGUGAUAUGGCUCAUCUCGGCAGCAUUGUUCAUCCCUUGGGCGUGUUUUUACCGGCUUACUGAAGGCCCAGACGGCGGCUUCUACUGCCGCGAAUUCUGGCCGUCUGUGACCGCAGACAGGGCCUUCUUCCUGGGCGUCGUGACUCUCCUAGUGUACACGGCGCCGCUCCUCUUCAUGGCCUACUGCUACUGCUCCAUCAUCUUCCGCAUCUGGAUGCGUGUGCGCAAGGGUCAGCCGCCGUCGAUGGUGGACAACCCGAAGACGACCCAAGGCCACACGAUGAACCCCGUCGACAACCCCACCGAGGCGCCCUCGUACCGCGAACACGACACCAACUCAGAGACCUGCUGCUACACAGAGAACCAGCGCACCGAAACUGCCAGCCAUCUGGCGGCGGGAAAUUUGCUAAAAAUGAAGGAGAAAUCCAAAAACGUGCGACUCCAAUCGGUUGGCGGUUUGAAUCGUGUGAAGACAAUGAAGAUAAUAAAGAUGCUUGCCAUUGUGGUGAUUAACUUCUGCAUCUGCUGGCUGCCUCUAUUCGCGAUCUUCAACAUCAUUAAAUUUUCUCCGGCCUACUCUGCUGCCAGCUACUCCUCCAAUUCCACCAGCCUCGACCCUGAGAAAGACCUGAUCAUCCCGCCGAACGUGAUCCGCUACGUUGUGCCGUUUGCCCAAUUACUUGGCUCAGCGAACAGCUGCGUGAAUCCCUGGAUUUACUGCUUCUACUCAAAAUGCUACCGCCACGGCUUCAAACGCGUCUUCCUGUGCAAGUCCAUGAAGAGGUCUUCCAUCCAACGACCUCACGUCCGCAACCAAAUCUCCCGUCCUUCCGUCGUGGUCUUAGCCUCACGAUUCAUGGCCUUGGUCAAACCGCCUUCGAAUAAAAUUUCAGAUUUUAACUACUUGGGGUUUCAUUCCGUGUAA